AUGGCUAUUGCGGAAGAGAGACUUCAACAGUUACAAGCGAAAGAAAGUUCGGCAAUCGAUACACAGGUAAAAAAAGAAAAAAUCAAUGUGAGGGAGACGAGCAACGCCGUACCGCUGAUGAAACUAGCAGCAUUAAACGUACCAGUAUUCUCAGGUGUAUACACCGAAUGGUCUCCCUUCUAUGAUAUGUACACUGCAUUGAUUCACAAUAAUAAUAGUUUAACAACGAUACAAAAGUUCUUUUAUCUACGUUCUUCGUUAUCUGGCGACGCGGCGAACUGCGUCAAAAACCUAGAGACCACCGCUAAUAACUAUGGACACGCGUGGAACAUGAAAGCGAGUUCAUYCACUAGUUUACGACAAUUUGCGGACAGUUUACGCGGUCAUAUAUCGGCUUUAAGAACAUUGAAACAACGUCCUUCAGAGUGGGGGCCGUUAUUAACACAUAUUAUAUGUACCAAAUUAGAUGCGGUUACUAUUAGCGAAUGGGAGACGAAAUGUGCGAGGGAUAAAAUUAAAGAAGUCGACGAAUUAAUCGAAUUUUUAGAAGCCUGCUUUCACGUAUUAGAAGCAGUCGAGUCGUCUAAAAAAUUUUCCAAUAUUUCCAAAUAUAGUACUGAAAUUAAUUAUACAGGUCGAAAAGUUCAAUACACAAAAAACAACACAUCAUCUGCUUCGUUWGUAAAUACCUCAGAAUUAAAAUGUUAUGUAUGUCAACUAUCGCACACUAUUUACAAAUGUCCAAAGCUUAUCGCGCUAUCACCAAUCGACCGAAUCAAAAUGGUAAAUGACCUCAAUUUGUGCAAUAUAUGUCUACGGCGUUACGACAAAAAAAAGUGUUUCGCGCGAUAUUGUCUAAAAUGUGCUAAGCCACAUAAUACCAUGUUACAUGUAAACAAUUAUAAGCACCAACAAAGUUCAACGUCCGAAACAUCGACGGCAAGCAGUAAAGCUGCGGAAGAAACGGCCGUAUCRAACACGGUGACCGCCCAUGCAUUUGCGUUAGAUGAACAAGUAUUGCUAGCUACAGUAGUAGCUCUAGCUKUGAGUCCCUACACGAGAACAGCAACAGUUCGAGCUCUGUUAGACUCCGGGUCACAGAAAWACUUUAUCACAGAAGAGAUGGUGCAGACACUGCGUUUAAAAAAAAAUAAAGUCAAGCACGURAUUAGCGGUAUCGGGGAAAUAGUACAACAUGCGUCGUCGGCAGUAUGGCUAAAAAUAAAAUCUCGCGUAAGUGAUUACUCGGUGUAUUUACCGAUGAUAGUGGUACCAAAGAUAACGGGUCAAUUACCUCCACGAAAUAUAAAAACCAUAUACAAUUUUCCCGAUAAUAUUAAAUUGGCCGAUCCACAUUUUAAUACGCCCCAAAAAAUUGACAUAUUAUUGGGUGCAACACAUUUUUAUGAAUUUUUAUGCGACGGACAAACACGUCUUUCGACUAACGAACCGUUGUUCCAAGAAACAGUAUUUGGAUGGGUAGCUGCUGGACCAAUAUCGGAAAAUAAGUUAUCAAAAAUAUCGACGUCGAACGCAUUUUUUAGCACGACCRAAAGUGAGUCUACACUAGAGAACGUAUUACAGCAAUUUUGA